AUGGAGAAGGUGAACAUCGAACCUUGUGUGAAGAUGGACACCCAAACCCUUGAUCUUCUCAAGAUAAGAGAUGAUGUCACAUGGUACAUAAGGAAGCUAGGCUUGAGCAAGCUCUUCAAGCUAGAGUGUAGUGAGUACUCACAACUCACCAAGGAGUUCCUCUCCACAGUAGCUCUUGCCUUUCCCAACCACAAUGGAGACCAACCAGCUGGUGAUGGACUCCUACUCUUCAAGAUAGGCGAUGCCAAUGGGCGCAUCUCCAUCUCAGCUCUAUGCCAACUCUUUGGACUUCCCAAUGAGACAGCACAUGACUUCAAGGAGAACUCAAAGAGGAAACAAGCUGCCUUUGCUGAUUGGACACACUUUGCCAAUGAACCAUUCUUGCCUUCAAAUCAAAGGUGUCUAGAAUCACUCAUCCAGCCAUUCGCUAUGUGCACCGCCUCAUCUCCACCACUUUCCAAUGCAAACAAGAAGCCAACAAGGAAGCUAGCUAAAGACUUGGAAGGCAACAAGAAGCUUUGUGUUCGUUUUGGGAGGCUUAUCACGGCCAUAGUGCAACAUGUGGGGAUUGACAUUCCCAACUAUGAGCCACUACCCAAGCCAACCCCUUUGGAUCUCCAUGCUCUUCAGCACAUCCACUUCCUAAACCGUUGGACUAAAGACCCAACUCGGUUUUGCUAUGAGUUUCCAAUUGGUCCAGCCAACACUUCCCUUGUCUUGCUGCCACAUGAGACAUCCCAAGCCUACGCUCAGGUGUUGUCACUUUCCAGCCCAAGGAGGAAGACUUCUAUGUUCCAUCAAGUGAGAAACCAUCAUUCCCCAUGCUCACCUAUCGCACACUUCAGCACAGUCAAGACUCAACGCCGCCACCAAGAACGCCAUGUUCUCACUACUGGCAUGGCCGCGCACCAAGCUCUAGACCGUGUAAGCAAGCUGGAGAAGAUAGUGGAGUGCCAAUCUCGCUUCAUCUCACGCCUAGUUCGUGUAGUUCGCCACAUUGCACCGGAGAGACUCUUUCGCCCUUCUUCCACCGCUAGAGAGCCAUAUGAGCCUGACCUUGGUGAGUUCUCACUAGACUCAGAGCUUGGUUCAGAAGGCGAUGACCCCAUAGAUGAGGAAGAGAGUUCUUCUCACUGCCACACAUAG